UAAGACCACCACAGAAAACAAUCGAUACAGCGAAACUAGGACAUGUCCUGCGGUCAAAAUGCAGUAUACUCCGUUUGUCUCUGAUAUUGAGCUGCCGUUCUACACGGCUCUUGCCUCACACAAGAUCAAUCAUGAUAAGCUGGACGACUCUGCCCGCCAGGUUCUAGGGCUCUAUGAGAUCCGCUCCACAGACUCUGCGAAUGCCUCAUGUCGAAUGCAAAUCCAUGGAAAUGCACUCACGAGUGCGGAAGCACCCGCAGGGCUGUACCGUGCAGAGGGCAUGAUCAAGAAUGUCAAUACGAUCGAAGAAUAUCGCAACGUGGACAAAUCUAAGAUGAUCCUCCAAGCAGGGAAAACGAUCUGGGACGCUAUCAACGACGGGACCAUAUAUUCUUGUCCUUCCUUGCUGUCGUCAUUCAUCAUUUUAUCAUUUGCCGACUUAAAAAAGUACAAGUUCUACUACUGGUUUGCCUUCCCCGCCCUUCACUCUGAUCCGUCGUGGGUGGAAUCCUUGGGGCCUCAAGCCAAGUCCUACCAAGACGAAGUGACCUCGAUAUCCCAGGGACAAAGUAUACCACCUGAUGAAAGCAUGGCCCUCGUGGAGGCUGUUCAAACCUGGAACUAUGGUACAGAUGACCGCCAGAGGGGGUUUUUCUUGGCUCGGAAGCAACGAAGGGCAUCUGGUUCCUUGACACAAAGCAUCUGGCAGGUUGCAUCCUUGUCCGAAUUCGAGAAUGGGUUUUUCACUGGUGCAGCACUCAAGGAUCGCUACGUAUGCUUUGCGGACCCUUCCAAUUAUGACACUGCUCCGGGUUGGAUGCUGCGAAAUCUGCUGGUUUUAGUGAAACAACGAUGGGGACUUGAUCAAGUGCAAAUUCUACGAUAUCGUGAUGUGCAGUCGAAACGUGACCAAGGAAGGAGUACAGUAAUCCGACUGGAACUAAAAUCGACGGCCCCAGAUGCAGUAAAACAGCCGCAAGUCCAGGUUCAAUUGCCCAAAAUAACUGGCUGGGAGCGCAAUCCAGCAGGGAAGCUGGCAGGGCGAAUUGUUAGCCUCACAGAGUAUAUGGACCCCAUAAGGCUGGCAGACCAAUCAGUCGACCUCAAUCUCAAACUCAUGAAAUGGCGAAUCAGCCCGACGUUGAAUCUAGAGAAGAUCAAGCACACGAAAUGUCUUCUUCUCGGAGCGGGUACUCUCGGGAGCUACGUUGCUCGAAAUUUAUUGGGUUGGGGAGUAAAAAAAAUUACCUUUGUCGACAAAGGCACUGUCUCAUUCUCUAAUCCCGUUCGACAACCGUUAUUUAUUUUUGCAGAUUGUCUGAAUGGCGGGGCUGCCAAAGCCACUCGAGCAUCUCAGGCUCUGACUGAGAUAUACCCGGGAGUGGAUACUAUUGGCCAUGAAAUUACCGUGCCUAUGGCCGGUCAUCCAAUCGUUGACGAAAGCUCGACUCGAGGUGAUUUUGAGACCCUUAAGGCUCUCAUUGAUGAACACGAUGCCAUUUUCCUUCUCAUGGACACCCGGGAGUCACGUUGGUUACCCACCGUGAUGGGAAAGGCAGCGGGAAAGAUCGUGAUGAAUGCCGCUCUUGGAUUUGAUUCCUUCGUGGCAAUGCGUCAUGGCACUUCCGGGGUAGGGGAUACAACAGCGGACCUCGGGUGCUAUUUCUGUAACGAUGUUGUGGCACCAGCGAAUUCCAUCAAGGAUCAAACACUCGACCAACAAUGCACGGUUACUCGCCCUGGUGUUGCCGCUAUCGCCUCAGCACUCCUGGUUGAACUUUUGGUAUCGGUACUGCAACACCCAGAGGGGGUUUUUGCGCCUGCCCCCUUAAAUCGAAAUGAUGAGCGUGGAGAUCAUCCUCUGGGACUUGUACCCCACCAAAUACGUGGGUUCCUCGCAACAUUUGAAAAUAUCACGGUCACCGGCAAGAGCUACCCCUGUUGCAGUGCCUGUUCAGAAAAAGUGAUAAGUGCGUACAAGCAACAAGGCUGGGAUUUUGUGCGAAAGGCUUUGGACCAGCCAGGGUACGUAGAGGAGCUGAGCGGCUUGAAAGAGGUUCAUGAAAGGGCCGAAGCAGCACUGGCCGAUAUUGACUGGGAUGAGGCGGAAGAAGAAGAAAAUGAGAUUUUAUAG